AUGCUGCCAACUCGUUUCCCCACCCGCGGUGCCGACGGCGCCGGGCCGGAGCCCCUGCUGCCGGGCGCUUCCCGCGCCGUGCUGUCGGAGUUCGUGGCCACGGCCGUGUUCGUCUUCGCCGCCGAAGGCUCCGUCUACGGCCUCUGGAAGAUGUUCACGGACACGGGGACGCCGGGAGGGUUGCUCGUGGUGGCGGUGGCGCACGCGCUCGCCCUGGCCGCCGCGGUGUCGCUGGCUAUCGACGCGUCGGGCGGGCACGUCAACCCGGCCGUCACGUUCGGCCUGCUCGUCGGCAGGCGCAUCUCGUUCGCGCGCGCCGUGCUCUACUGGGCGGCGCAGCUUCUCGGCGCCGUGCUCGCGGCCGCUCUCCUGAGGCUCGUCUCCGGCGGCGUGCGCCCCAUGGGGUUCACGCUCGGCCACCACAUCCACGAGCGGCACGCCCUCUUGCUCGAGGUCGUCAUGACGUUCGGCCUCAUGUACACCGUCUACGCCACCGCGGUUGACCGGAGCCGCGGCGGCAACGGCAACGUCAGUGCCAUAGCGCCCAUCGCCAUCGGGUUCGUCCUGGGCGCGAACAUCCUCGCCGGCGGCCCGUUCGACGGCGCGGCGAUGAACCCGGCGCGGGCGUUCGGCCCCGCGCUCGUCGGCUGGAGCUGGCGCCACCACUGGGUCUACUGGGUCGGGCCACUGAUCGGGGCCGGGCUGGCCGGCGCCCUGUAUGAGUCUGUCGUGGCUGAGCAACCUGAGCCGCCGGCAGCUGCGGCCACACCCACACGGCUGCCCCUGCCAGCUGAGGAUUACUGA